AUGGCGGCCGAAGUGUCAGAGACAGACCAAUUCAUAAAGCAGGUCAGCGGCCGGAAUACGCGAGGCCUGCUUCGUGUCAUCAUCCUGUGUCUGAUUGCGGGCGCUGCUGUUGCUAGUCGUCUGUUCUCCGUUAUCCGCUUUGAGAGCAUUAUUCACGAAUUCGAUCCGUGGUUCAACUUUCGAGCAACGAAAUACCUCGUUCAGAAUGGCUUCUACAGCUUCUGGGAUUGGUUCGAUGACCGAACAUGGCACCCUCUCGGACGAGUUACUGGUGGUACCCUUUACCCCGGUCUGAUGGUGACCAGCGGCGCCAUCUAUCACCUUCUCCGCUUCCUUACGCUCCCCGUUGACAUCCGUAACAUUUGCGUGCUCCUCGCACCGGGCUUCUCAGGCCUCACUGCCCUCGCAACGUACCUCCUGACCUCCGAGAUGGUCACGUCCCCCUCCGCCGGUCUCCUAGCCGCCGCCUUCAUGGGCAUCACCCCGGGUUAUAUCUCGCGAUCCGUCGCCGGAAGUUACGAUAACGAGGCUAUCGCCAUUUUCCUGUUGGUAUUCACCUUCUUCCUCUGGAUCAAGGCAGUCAAGAACGGAUCCAUGUUCUGGGGCGCGUUGACGGCGCUGUUCUACGGAUACAUGGUGUCGGCGUGGGGUGGUUAUGUCUUCAUUACGAACUUGUUACCGCUGCAUGCUUUCGUGCUCAUCUGCAUGGGACGGUACAGCCCCAGGUUGUACGUCAGCUAUACUUCGUGGUAUGCGCUGGGCACGCUUGCUAGCAUGCAGAUUCCGUUCGUCGGGUUCCUACCCAUUAGGAGUAGUGAGCACAUGUCCGCGCUCGGCGUCUUUGGUCUCCUCCAGUUGGUUGGAGGAGUUGAGUGGAUCCGAACUCAGCUCCCGAGCAAGCAGUUCCAGACGCUUCUCCGCGCGCUUGUCCUAUUCAUCUUUGUCGUCGCUUUCGGGGGCCUUGUUCUCCUGACGGUAUCCGGCGUCAUUGCUCCUUGGACUGGCCGUUUCUACUCUCUUUGGGAUACCGGAUAUGCGAAGAUCCACAUUCCCAUCAUUGCCUCCGUCUCCGAGCACCAGCCGACCGCGUGGCCUGCCUUCUUCUUCGACUUGAGCAUGAUGAUCUGGCUGUUCCCGGCCGGUGUUUAUAUGUGCUUCCGCAAGUUGACCGACGAGCAAGUGUUUAUCGUCAUCUACGCCGUGCUUGCUAGUUACUUUGCUGGUGUCAUGGUUCGUCUCAUGCUGACUUUGACACCCAUUGUCUGCGUUGCCUCCGCGAUGGCCUUCUCGCAGAUCCUUGACACCUACCUAGAUGCCAAAACACCAAAGGCUGCGCCCAAGGAAAAUGGAGACUCAAAGGAUGCUGCCAAAGUUGCUGCGGCCGCAGUGCUUCCAGAUGGUCUUCGUUCCACUCGCCAGCCUCUUGUCGGAGUUUACUCGUACGCCUCGAAGCUCACAGUUAUGGGAGCUUCGGUUGUCUACUUGCUUUUGUUUGUACUUCACUGCACUUGGGUCACUUCCAACGCCUAUUCCUCGCCCUCAGUCGUGCUUGCAUCCCGCCUCCCUGACGGCAGCCAGCACAUCAUCGAUGACUACCGUGAGGCCUACUACUGGCUCCGUCAGAACACCCCUGACAACGCCAAAAUCAUGUCCUGGUGGGAUUAUGGCUACCAGAUCGGUGGUAUGGCUGAUAGGCCGACGCUUGUUGACAACAACACGUGGAACAACACUCACAUCGCCACUGUGGGUAAGGCUAUGAGCUCCAGGGAAGAGGUCAGCUACCCGAUCAUGCGCCAACACGAGGUCGACUACGUCUUGGUCGUUUUCGGUGGUCUCCUCGGAUACUCUGGUGACGAUAUCAACAAGUUCCUCUGGAUGGUUCGCAUCGCUGAAGGUAUCUGGCCUGAGGAGGUCAAGGAGCGCAACUUCUUCACGCCGCGAGGCGAGUACCGCGUGGACGACGAGGCCACCCCGACCAUGAAGAACAGCUUGAUGUACAAGAUGUCUUAUUACAACUACCACACGCUGUUCCCGGCUGGACAGGCUACUGAUCGUGUUCGUGGAGCGCGGCUCCCUGCCCAGGGCCCCGAACUCAGCACGAUUGAGGAAGCCUUCACCAGCGAGAACUGGAUUAUCAGGAUCUACAAGGUCAAGGAACCCGACAACUUUGGACGUGACCACCAAAGCGCCACGUCGUUUGACAAGGGCCAUAAGAAGAAGAAGGCACCGAAGAGGAAAGGCCCGCGUGUUCUAAGGGUCGAGUGA